GUAUACCUACUAAUUUUUGCAAUAAUGGGGAAGCCUUCACAUUUUUUCUCUUAACACUCUUGUUGCUUAUGGCUAGUUCAGCCAUGACACAUACCAACGUUAGCACUGAUCAAUUAUCUCUUCUAUCCUUAAAAUCCCAAAUUAUUUCGGACCCCUCUCACUUCUUGGAUGAAAGUUGGUCUCCCGUUAGGUCCGUUUGCCAGUGGGUUGGAGUCACUUGUGGUUCUCGUCACCAAUAAGUGAAUUCCUUGAAUCUUUCUGACAUGGCUCUUACAGGAAGGAUUCCCCGUGAAUUUGGAAACCUCUCAUUUCUUGUUUCUCUCGACUUGCGAAGCAACAAUUUCCAUGGAAAUUUGCCUCAAGAAAUGACACACUUGCAUCGGCUUAAGUUUCUUGACUUAAGUUUCAACAGCUUCAGCGGGCAGAUUCCUUCUUGGUUUGGAUUUUUACCCCGACUUCAAGUUCUUAAUAUUAGAAAUAACAGUUUCACUGGUUCCAUCCCUUCUUCAUUUUCUAAUAUGUCCACACUUGAGACUUUAAAUCUGAACUUCAAUUCGAUAGAGGGUCAAAUCCCAGAAGUGAUUGGAAGUCUUAUAAACCUUAGAGAAUUUAACUUAAGGGGAAACAAGCUCAUAGGUUCCAUUCCUCUGUCACUCUCGAAUGCCUCAAGGUUGGAGACUUUAGAUAUAGCUUCAAAUUCACUUCAAGGAAACAUUCCAGAAGGGCUCGGCAAUCUUCACAACAUGAAGUUGUUAGGCAUACAAGAUAAUCAACUUACGGGUUCUAUACCAUUCACUAUUUUCAAUAUCUCAAGAAUCGAAGUCAUUGCAUUUACACGCAAUAGCUUAUCAGGAUUUCUUCCCAACGGUUUAUGCAAUGGUCUCCCAAUACUCAAAGGGCUUUAUUUAUCGAGAAACAAGCUUCAUGGUCAUAUUCCUACAAGCUUAUCAAAUUGUUCACAACUUCAACUAUUGGAUUUAUCGCAAAAUGAUUUAACAGGUGAAAUACCCAAAGAGAUAAGCAAUCUCAUUGAGUUGGAGCGACUUGGUCUUUCAUUUAAUAGUUUUAGUGGUCCACUUGACAUGGAAAUCUUCAACAUAUCCGGGCUGAGAGUGAUUUCUCUUUCAAACAAUAAUCUAUCAGGUAGCCUCCCACCAAACAUGUGUUCUACCUUAUCCAACAUUGAAGAACUUUAUCUGGCCCACUUAACCAAUCUUGUUGGGACUAUUCCUCAUUCCAUCUCCAAUUGUUUCAAACUUACUAUUCUAGAGUUUUCUAACAACCACCUGACUGGCUUGAUUCCCAAUUCUCUUGGAUAUUUGACUCAUCUACGGAUACUAAAUUUAGGGGAAAACAAUUUAACCAGUGACUCUUCGUUAAGCUUCCUGACUUCCUUAACCAAUUGCAAAAAUUUAACAUUUCUAACUCUACGUUUGAAUCCACUAAACGGCAUGCUUCCUGCCUCCACGGGGAACCUUUCCACAUAUCUUAGAUUAUUUGUUGCUACCAGUUGCAAAAUCAACGGGAGAAUUCCAGAUGAAAUUGGGAACUUAAGCAGCUUAUUAGAGUUUAGACUUUCUGGAAACAACUUGGUUGGAUCGAUUCCCACAACAAUUGGUGACUUGAGAAACCUUCAGCGCUUCAACUUGAGUGACAACAAAUUAACAGGACUUAUUGGAGAUCAUAUAUGUAAAUUGCAGCAUCUGGGUGAUAUUUACUUGGGUCAAAAUCAACUUUUAGGAUCUCUUCCUAGCUGUUUAGGGAAUAUUACUUCCCUCAGGGAGAUACAUCUGGGUUCCAAUAAAUUGAGCUCCAAUAUACCACCAAGCUUAGGGAACCUUCAAUAUCUAGUGGUUCUUGACUUAUCGUCAAAUAAUAUGGUAGGUUCUUUACCUCCAAAAAUUGGAAAUCUAAAGGUUGCGACACUGAUAGAUCUAUCAGUGAAUCAAUUCUCAAAUGAAAUUCCUAGAGAAAUUGGAGGCUUGCAAACUUUGGCGUAUCUUUCUUUGAGACACAACAAAUAUAACUUUUAA